ACCUUUUCCUCGUCGGUUGCCGUCGGUGCCAUGAGAAAACACCCCGCAGCAGCAGGAGGAAGAGGAGGAGGAGGAAGAGGAGGAGGAGGAGGCUGUUAACGCGUCUUCGGCACACGGUCCCUGAUCCAUCACAUCCACCGGCUGCUGCUCCGGCUCCAGCUCCUGCUCCGGCUCCAGCUCCAGCUCCGGUUCCUGGUCCACCUCCUGGUCCUGCUCCGGCUCCGGCUCCGGCCCGGUUGCCUCGGUUGAGCCCGCCCGCCUGGGAACUUACUGCGGAUCCAUGGUGUCAGAUCCCCGCUGUGACAAGUGGAGAACCGGAGGAGACCCGGCCAAGGUGUAAUGAGAGCGCUGGUCAUGGACAGAUGAUGGACGUGGAGACGUCGUACUCGGACUUCAUCAACUGUGAUCGCACAGGCCGCAGGAACGCAGUGCCCGACAUCGAAGGGCAGGAGAAAUCCACGGCCAGCACCAGUGAUCUGAGCAAAGACCUGGCGGGGAUGGACCUGAAGGCUGCAGAAGGAGACCCGGGGGCCUCCCCAGCCCCUGAGGCCGAGGGCUCCACCAGCCAAGAUGCCCAGGGAAGUGGAGGUCCGUCCUAAACCCAGCCGGGCGGAGACAGAUGGGGGCCGAGCGGAGGAGAGAAGGGUGGAGAGGGGAGAAAGUGGAGAACGGAGAGAGAGAGUGUUUUUUCCAACCGGACACGGGACACCUCUGCUCGCUGCCGGCCUGGUCCCAGCUCCCACUGCUCUGGAUGUUCGGCUUUUCAUUGGACCCUGUUGAAACAUGAGGACCAGAACAGAAGAGACAGUGGAGACGCUUCUUCUUCUUCUUCUUCUUCUUCAGACUCUGCUACUCGUUUGUUUUCCCCGACCGGACAAGAAAGCACAGAAACUCUGGAUUCACGUCUGUGGAGAUGGACUCAAACACCGCUCCAAACUAAUAUGGAGCCGUGUCAUCGAGUGAAUAUUCAUAAUCAUCUACGUGUCAUUUUCUUUUCAUGUCCGUGUGUGAGUUGGUGACCCUGUUGUUCGGUUUCAUCAUCGAGUCGUUUCUCUUUUCUUUUUGUAACAAACAUAGUCGCGGUUAAAACUGUCGUGUGCGGACUUCAUAUUUAUUGCUAAAUGUUCAGUGAUAACUUUGUGAUAGCAAUUUUCUUUGUGUAAUAAAAUAACUAUGAACUGCU